GCAGAAGAAUGGCGGCAGCAGAGCCCCUGACCGCGUUCUCCCGGUGGUACCUCUACGCCAUCCACGGUUACUUCUGUGAGGUGAUGUUCACGGCUGCCUGGGAGUUUGUGGUCAACUUUAACUGGAAGUUCCCCGGUGUCACCAGCGUGUGGGCACUCUUCAUUUAUGGCACCUCCAUCCUCAUCGUGGAGAAGAUGUACCUGUACCUCAAGGACAAGUGUAACAUUGUGGUGCGCUGCCUCAUUUACACUCUUUGGACAUAUCUCUGGGAGUUCACUACUGGCCUCAUUCUGCGCCAGUUCAAUGCCUGCCCAUGGGACUAUUCCCAGUUUGAUUUUGACUUCAUGGGCCUCAUCACCCUGGAGUAUGCCAUCCCCUGGUUCUGUGCGUCCUUCAUCAUGGAGCAGCUGGUGAUCAGAAACACCCUGCGUUUACGGUUUGAUGAGACAGCGGAGCCAGGGGCCCCCACCGUCCCCGUUGCCUUGGCCAACGGCCACGUGAAGACCGACUGAGCUGUGACUCAGAACCACUCUUAGCAGCUGAGAGAGCCUACACCUCUACUACAGACUGGCAGUGCUGGCUUUGAGGGACUUCUCUCUCCUGUAUGAUAAGAUACAUAAGCCCCAUUUUUUCUAAAGGGGGUGUGCAUGGGAUAUACCAGAAAAAAAUAUGGAACCAAUGAUUUUUCUAUGGAUUUUAUCCUUUGGACUCCAAGGACCAAUGUCAGCUACUUGUUAGUUAGGUCAUUUCUGAUUUUAAAUUAUUACAGAUGAAGGCAGUUCUUUUGCUUACAUGUAUGUGAAGAAA